CAUUUCUUAGCAACUUCUAUGGCUCUUACAUACAUGACAGCAGAAUCGGGGUCCUUAUUGAAGUGAAUUGUGAGACUGACUUUGUGUCUCGAGGUGACAUUUUCAAAGAGUUAGUUGACGAUCUUGCCCUGCAAAUUGCUGCUUGCCCUCAAGUGCAGUACAUCUCUAUUGAUGACGUCCCUGAGGAGGUUGUGAAGAAGGAGACCGAGCUGGAGAUGCAGAGGGAGGACCUUUUGACGAAGCCUGAGCAGGUCCAGGCUAAGAUUGUCGAAGGGCGUGUAAAGAAGAGGCUUGGAGAACUCACGUUGUUCGAACAGCCAUUCAUCAAGAAUGACAAGGUCACAAUAAGUGAGUGGCUGAAGCAAACUAUAGGUACAACUGGAGAGAAUAUGAAGGUCAGGAGAUUUGCCCGAUACAACCUAGGUGAAGGGUUGGAGAAGAAAAGCCAGGAUUUUGCUGCUGAAGUUGCAGCACAGACAGCAGCGAAGCCGGCACCAUCUGCUCCUCCCAAGGAUGAGAAGCCUGCUGAAACAACAGAAUCCGCUGAAACAACAGAAUCUGCUAAAACAAUAGAAUCCACAUGCAAUUAUAUUAGCUUAAUUUGUGUCUAAAUUACUAUUAUUAGAAUGGUUUCUAAUUCUAAAAAACCAAACGGGGCCUUACUUAAAAACAAAAACAAAAGGCUGCGUUCUCUGGCUCAUCUAUUUGCUAGUUACACACUACUCUAAAAUUUGUAUGCAAAAGUAUUUCUGAGAAUGAAACCAA